AUGUGGAUCGGGGCUCCGUCGUCCCUGUGGGGGUUUCUGGUUGAGAUCUCGUGGCCGUUUGUUGUUCUUCAUGAAUGGAAGCAGCAGAGUGAGGCUCAGUCUUGUGCACCAGUUCCAGCCUCUCUGGAUGUCCAUAGGUUUGAAUGGCUUGCAGAAGAUGAUGCUCUCCUGAUUCUCUGUGUCCUUGUCCACCCCAUUGUCUCCAUCAUGAACCACACUCCCAGCCCCCACCUGUCCGAAGGCGGGAAGUCUGCCGGAGGCGGCCUGCUGUGCAGCUUGGGUCUGGGAUCCGACAGGGGGAUCCGCUCCCCGGACAGCCUCACCCACACUCCAGCCCCACAGGAGGAACGCCGAGCUCCAGCCCCCGCUGCUGCUUUCGCCUGGGCUGGGGGGCCUCGGGCUCGGCUCCCUGGAGCCAUGGGCGAGGGAGCCGGAGCCGACUGGGAGAGCAGGGAGGAGCUGAGGCUCAGAGAGCUAGAGGAGGCUCGGGCCAGAGCUGCCCAGAUGGAGAAGACUAUGAGGUGGUGGUCGGACUGCACCGCCAACUGGAGGGAGAAGUGGAGCAAGGUUCGUGCGGAGCGAAACCGAGCGCGUGACGAGGUCCGUCAGCUCAGGCAGCGGCUGGACACCCUCACUAAGGAGUUGACCAGCGUCCGGCGCGAGCGGCAGGAGCUCGCCUCGGAGAACGAGACACUACGGCAGGAGACGCUGCGUCUGCGUGGCGACGCGGCCCCUCCUCUGUCCGCCACGUCUCCCUCCUCUUCACCUGCACACCCUCGCGGUGCUUCCUCCUCAUCCUCUCCAUCCAUCCCCCCGUCCUCCCCAGCUUCCUCCUCCUCUUCCUCUCAGGUCCACGCUGACAGCAAGCUGGACAGGGUGGCAGAGGGACCACCAGGAUCUCCAGAACCAGAACCAGUGAGGGAUGUGGACUUGGACAGGCAGAAGAUGGGUCAACAAAAGGACCUGGAGCUGCUCGACUCAGUCCUGCGCUCCCGAGCUCCGGGCGCCGACGCUCAGGAGGCCUGGGACGGCCGCGGCGGCAUCAACCCGGCCGGCUCGCGCUCGUCUUCCUGUCUGAGCCGGCAGGAACGCAGCCGGCAGCUGUGGGAGGACAUGGGGACAGCGGAGGAGGACUCAAGCAAACUGAACGCCCUGCAGCUUCGCCUGGAUGAGUCCCAGAAAGUCCUGCUGAAAGAGCGAGAAGACAAGCUGGCUCUGAGUAAGAGCAUCGAGAGACUGGAGGCUGAACUCAGUCAGUGGAAAGUGAAAUAUGAGGAGCUGAGCAAGAGCAAACAGGAGGCUCUCAAACAGGUAAACCUGCUGAAGGAGAUGCACCAGGAUGAACUCGGCCGCAUCUCCGAGGACUUAGAGGAUGAGCUGGGAGCUCGAACCAACAUGGACAAGAAGCUGGCUGAACUACGAGCUGAGGUGAGGAGACCGGCUCUGCAGGUGGAGAACGCUGCAGAGUGGGGGCGUAGAGAGCGCCUGGAGACGGAGAAACUGGGUCUGGAGAGGGACAACAAGAAACUCCGAGCUCAAGUUGAAGACCUGGAGGAGCAAUUAGCCAAGCAACGCCGGCAGGCCGCCUCUGCGCUUGACACCGACCUCAAGGCCAUCCAGAGCGAGCUGUUCGAGAGGAACAAGGAGCUGGCUGACCUUCGCCACAUCCAUGCUAAGCUAAAGAAGCAAUUCCAGGAGAAGACGGCAGAGCUCGCCCACGCCAACCGGAGAGUUGAGAGCCAUGAGGCAGAAGUUAAAAAGUUACGACUGAGGGUGGAGGAGCUUAAAAAAGAACUGGGACAGGCUGAGGACGAGUUGGAUGAGUCUCAGAAUCAGACCAGGAAGCUGCAGAGGUCUCUGGAUGAGCAGGUGGAGCAGACGGAGAAUCUGCAGGUGCAGUUGGAACACUUACAGUCAAGACUGCGGCGGCAGCAGCAAAGUCCUGGUCUGUUCGGGAAGAUGCGAUCGGCUCGCUUCAGUCCCGAAAACCCCGACGGUCCAAGCAGCGACGUGGACGAGGAGGAUGAAGAACUGCAGCUCCAGAUCCCUUGACACACAGACACACACAGACACACACCAACAUCAGCAGUUACAUAAUAAUGGUGAAUAUUGUUGCUCUCGGGAUAAACGUUUUGCAACACAAAGCAAAUCCCUUCCAACCAGAGAGCAACAUUUGAGCCUGAAUCAGAUCAAUCAAUCAGUAGAUCACCUUUACAGUGUACCUGUGCAUGCGGCCUCGCUGGAAGUUCAAAGCCUCGGCUGACGGGGCGAUAUCAUCGUCCAAUCAUCAUUUACCACAAAACAAAGCAAGCUUCAAAUAAAGGACAUACGUGUCUCUGCUCAGACAGCAGUGUGAUAAUUCCACAUCUUAUCCUUCUAAAUACACAAACACACACACAGACACACACACACAGACACACAGCAGCAGGAUGAAGCCCGGCCGGAGUUUGACAGGCAUGAACAGGAAGUCCGGAUCAUCUGAUCCUGAUUAAAAGAACUUUAACUUUGACUGAACGCCAAGAGAAACUGACAUGUUUUUAUCCUUUCCAUGUACUCUCUCAUUCUUACCUCAUAUCAUCACCACGAGCAUCGCAGCUGCUCCAGCUGUGAUGCUGUGUUCACAUCUGCAGUAUUAGAACUCCACCCAGAGGAAAAACGUUUUGGUGUCCCUCUGAGGUUAGACGAGUGAUAAAACAGAGGAAACAUGAGUCCCUUUAGGACUUACUAAAAUGUUCUGCCUUACUUUAACCAGUAUUUCUGAAUUAGAGAGUUUUUCUGCCAAAUAUCAAAGUGUUUAAAGUUCACAGCCGAUGCUGAGAGCACCCUGCAUCAACGCCGCGCUGCAUUCACUCAUACAGGAACCAGCCGGGCUCAGAAGUGUGACGCAGCCACGGCGCUCCGCGGUGUUCCACACAGUGACGUUCCAUGUAGAAAUCACUCUGACUGCAUCAGAGGACAUCAGAGCUGAUGUUAACUUUUCUCCACCCGUUUUAAGUCUCUGCAGAUCAGGGGGCGGGGCCAGGCUCUUGGGUUUUUGUUGGAUGUCUGAAUUAAGGUCUGUGGUCAACACGUGCUUUACACAGCCACCUGUGUCACAGAGAGGACGUUAAAGUCAUGUGACUGUGGUGUUUGUUGGUUCUUCCUGGACCAAAAUGGGAUUUUGGGGGUGGACACUCGGUAAAGUAAAGGUGAUGAGACUUCCUGUUUCUCACCAUUCAAUAAAUAAAAAUGUAUUUUAUGCCACCGUUAACAAAAGGGUUUCAGAUAUUUUUAUUGCAGUCCUUUGGGGGAAGGUGAAAACCCGUUUGGUGUGUUUGACUUCCUGACUUGCAUUUACGGUACUGUGCAAAAGUUUUGAGUCACCCCACAUUUCUUCAUGUUUUGUUUCCAAGCAGCCAGACGCGUGUUUUUUCAAGUGCUCUUGAGCAACAGUUCUGCAGCUUUCUGAAAGUCUUCCAAAGUGUUUCUUUAGACAUUGGCUGCUUUUUCACUCAUUUUCAGUCCAGUCCUCAUACCUGACCAUUUUCAGAGGGAUGUUUGUUUGAAUGCUGACCAGUGAAUCACUGAGGCAUUAAAAAGGCUCCUAACUCAGGGGGUGAAGCAUUGUUGUGUUGAGACGUAACAGACAGCUUAGCAAAGAACCAGUUUUAAAUUGUGUCUUUAGGCCCUUUCUUACUCGCAGCCUGUCACAAAAACACAUCAUUUGUUCCCUUUUCUUCAGCUGAAUCUAUGAAACAUGCCAAACACAGUUUGACAGCAUAAAAUAUUAUUUUUGCACCAACAAGAUGAUUCUCAAAAAGCCGUUAGCUGGAAACUUGGCAUAUCUGUGUGUGGUGUGCAUUGUGUGCUUAAAGAUUGUGGAGGUAAAAGAAGACGUGUCAGGCCUUAAAACUACAGCAGAUGAACAGUAUCUGAAAGAAAUGGGAAAAAAUCCAUAAAAGCAUCUGGAUGUGAUCCAUCUACUGAUGAAGCCUCAACAGAAACGGUCUCAGUGGAAGGGCAGCUGUCUGGAGGCCAUUAUUAAGGAAGGGAAACAUGGAGGAGGUCAGGAGAGGUCCUACAGUGAGCAUCUACAGCCAUCUGUGAAACAUGGGUUGGGCUGCAUUUCAGCCAGUGGUGUUGGAGAUCUUGUCAAAAUUGAUGGAAUUAUGAACACUGAGAAGCACCAUCAUAUUUUCAUCCACCAUGCAAAACCAUCUGGAAGCUUCUGAAUGGGAACAACUUCAUUUUUCAGCAUGACAAUGAUCCCUAACACACUGCCAUACCUGGAUAUAAAAACACACAGUGGAGCACUAUCAGCCAUGGAUCGGCCUCCCCAGAGCCGGACCUCAGCAUCACUGAAGCAGUGUGGGAUCAUCCUGACAGAGAACAGAACAAAAGGCAGAAACAUCCA